AUGAAUUACAAUUUGAAUGCGUUUGUGUCUGACAUUCAGAACCAAAAUUAUGCCGUCCUCAACUUGGACUUAAAUAGGAAUGGUCGUUUAGUUGCUGCUUUACAGAAUCAAUUGAAUAAUAACGGCCAAACUAUGGAUGAUAAAUCCAUUGAGGCAUUUGUAGAGAGCCAGAACUUUCAUGGUGGAAGAUGGACCCGUUUUAAUAUUAUGAUAAUAUCAUUUCUACAAUAUUGUAGAGAUGUCAACCCGUGGUCCGCAUGGGAUUGCAGUGACCUUAUCUUUAAAUACUAUUCUGAUUUAAAUAAUUGUUUAUUGAAUGAUUCCUACCCAUGUGAACCCUUGGUGCCAGUUUUUAUCGAAAUUACUGAGUUUAUUAUUCCUUUGGCUAGAGAAUUAGAUAACCAUUACCUUGAGUUGAAAGUAAAAAAACAUCAGUUUCUAUCACACACUUCAAUGAUUAUUUCAAAACUUUUUAACAGCAUUAAAUCAAAUAGUGAAAAUACCAGUGAAUUUUUUGAAGAUUUGCCCCAAAAACAACGUAUUUUAUUAUAUUUGGUAAAUAAACUGAACAAUAUUUACUUCAGAAUAGAAUCCCCCCAGUUAUGUUCUAAUAUUUUUAAGAAUUUUAAACCUAAAUGUUCACUAGCUAACUUUAGUCAGUUUCCAAUUAAUGAACAGAUUGAAUAUAGAUAUCUCUUGGGGAGAUAUUACUUGUUAAACUCUCGAAUAUUGAAUGCAUUUGUACAAUUGAAUAAUACGUUUCAUUUAUUACUCAGUUUGACUUCUGUGCCAAAUACUAAUCAGAUACCACAAUUACAAAAUAAUAUCAAAAGGGUCCUUAAAUUUUUGAUUCCGACAGGUCUUCUUAUAGGUAAAAGGUUUCGAUUUGAUGUCUUGUCUCAUUUUCAUCCGCAAAUGGUGAAUAUGUAUUCGGAAUUACAACAACAUAUAAGAUCAGGUAAUUUACAACUGGUUAACAGUUGGCUGAAAUUACACGAAGCCGAUUUGUUAGAAUCCAAUUUAUUACUUAUCCUUCUAGAGAAAUUACCAAUGGUGACUUAUAAAUAUCUUGUGAAACGAUUAAUUGUUGAGUGGUCCUUAUCUCAAGGUUUCAACAGACUUCCAUACGAUCUAGUUUCUCAAGCAUUACAGUUAUCCAUUGGAAAGGACAAUUAUUAUUCUUUGGAUGAUUCUAAAACUAAAAUUACGAUGUUUAAUGGUAUACAUUCUAGCGAUAACGCAGAGAACGUACUUGUAACGUUAAUCAAUUUAGGGUACCUUCGUGGUAAUUGCUUCCCAUCAAUGAGACUUUGUGUCUUUAAAAAGACGAGCAAUAUUAACGAUAUAAUGCCAUCUAUCGAAGAACGGAUAACGAGUAUGUUUCCCUUAAAUGCAGAUGACUCUUGGUUGGAGGAUUAA